UAUCCGGAAAGACUAGCCAUGGAUGAGGUACAAGUGGCUGAGUUUGAGCUACUGGAGGAACUCCUGGAACAUGAAACAACAGAAAAGAAACAAGAAGCAUUGCAAAAAUACAUUGAGAAAAUGGAAACUGAAAUCAAGUUUUCUAUACCUGACUUUGAAGAGGAUCUACAAUGGCUUAAUACAGCCUGUCCACUUUCCCUAAAACAAAAGCUGGAAGGAAAAUUGGUGGUGAUGGAUUUUUUCACCUACUGUUGUGUAAAUUGUCUUCAUAUCCUCCCUGACUUACAACAUCUGGAGGAGUUGUAUACAAUUCAGGAUGGUGUUGUGGUUCUUGGUGUACACUCAGCAAAAUUUGCCAAUGAGAAAGUUCUUUCCAAUAUUUUGAGUGCAGUACUGCGUUACAAUAUCAACCAUCCUGUUGUAAAUGACGGUGAAGCCACACUUUGGAACAAACUUCGUAUAGCAUGUUGGCCAACACUAUUGGUUGUUUCACCUACAGGAAAAUAUUUACGGACUUUUGUUGGAGAAGGACACAAGGAGAGUUUAGAGGAGUUUCUGAAACUUGCUUUAGAUUACUAUAAUCAGAAGGGUAUGAUAAAGACUCACUCACUGCCAAUUACUCUUGAGAAGGACAAACUACCAGCAACUCCAUUGAAGUUUCCAGGAAAAGUUGCUGUCAGUCAGAAUGGAAAGUUGAUUGCAAUAGCAGACAGUGGACAUCAUCGAGUGAUAAUUUGUGGUAAAGACGGAAUUGUUCAGUGUAUAGUUGGUGGUGGAAAGAAAGGACUUGAGAAUGGCAGCUUCAAGGAUGCCCAAUUUAACAGUCCUCAGGGAAUGGUGUUUGUGGGAGAGGACCUGUACGUUGCUGACACAGAAAAUCAUGUGAUAAGAAAGAUAGGUCUGAAGUCAGAAUCCGUGACAACUGUGGUUGGAACAGGUGUUCAAGGACAAGAUAAAGAGGGAGGGAACAUUGGAACACAACAGGAGAUUUCCUCCCCUUGGGACCUGGAACUGGGUUGCUCAAUUGGAAGUGAAUCAGAAGACGUCUUGUUUAUUGCAAUGGCAGGGACACAUCAGAUAUGGGUUUAUUUUCUUCAGGAUGGAAAGUGGUACAAGGGGAGGCAGUACAAAGCUGGAACAUGCGUGAGAUUUGCAGGUAGUGGAAGUGAAGAGAAUCGUAACAACAGCUAUCCAGCUAGGGCUGCAUUUGCCCAACCAUCCGGUUUGUCAGUAUCCACACACCCUGAACUAAAUACAAUAUUUGUCGCUGAUAGUGAAAGUUCCACUGUGAGGAGUGUGAUACUAAAGGAUGGAGCUGUCAAGGGUUUGGUUGGUGGAGAGAAGGAUCCUAUGAAUCUUUUUGCAUAUGGUGAUAUGGAUGGUAUAGGAAUAGAGGCAAAACUCCAGCAUCCUCUAGGUGUCGCCUUGGUUACAAAUAACAAAGGGCCAUUACUGGUUGCUGACUCUUACAACCAUAAGAUAAAGUCAGUUGAUAUCAUAAGCAAGAAAUGUGAAACGUGGGCUGCAGCAUCUACGACAGACAAGGGAAGUAACUCUAUAUCUAUUGACCUCAAUGAACCUGGUGGUUUGUGUGUGGAUCAGACAAAUCAGAUACUAUAUAUAGCAGAUACAAACAACCAUGUGAUCAGAACAGUUGACUUGGCAACCAGUAUGGUAUCUCAGCUUCCAAUAAUUUUUCGAAGUCCUGACGAGGUAGACGGUUCUAAGAAGAAGAAAAUAAAUGAUUUUUUGAAGCCAAACACAGUUAUCUUAGAUUUACCCCAAAUACAAAUUGCACCAGCUACAAAGGUAGAAGUGAAAUUGCAUAUUCCACUACCUGAUGGACAUCAUUUCACAGAGGAAGCUCCGAGUAGCUGGAUGAUGAUUUGUAAAGAUGAAGCAAACAACAUUUUGAACAUAGAAUGCAAUACAAAUGGUCACAUUGAAAGCUCUGAAGAACAGUCCCUGUUGUCUCUCAUGUUUCCAAGUCACCUUGACGUUUUGAAACCUGUCCAUAUUUAUAUCAAGUGCCGUGUAUUCUUUUGUGAUGACAGUAAUGUUUGUCGUCUAAAAGAAAAUGUGUACAAACAAAUUAUUCUUUUCCAGGAUGUGGAAGAGGCCACUCCUAGUGUAUCUGUCAAAUUGAAUUUCACAUUUUAAAUGUUUUAUGUACAUUCUGAACCUCAGUUAUCUUGUUAUCUAGUUUUUAGCUGAAAUUGUUCUAAAUACAGAAAAAAAUAAAGUUCAUUUUUCAUAUUAAUUAGGAGAGACCAAUUCCUCCUAAAAAUGCUGAAUAACUGACUGAGCUCAAGACUGAUAUAAGGAAACAGGAUUAAAAGUAAGAGUAAAACUUUGUUAGUAACCUACAUGUUCCAGAAAUCACUCUCCAUUCUUGUGAUAAACAAAAUAUAUACAUCAGAAGGGGCUCUUUGUAUUAGAUCAAAAAUGAAUUUUCACAGGAGUUUUUAUGAAACAAGCAAAAAUUAUAGACUUACAAAAACUGGAACUUCGAGAUGAGUUUCAUGAAACACCAUUUAUGAAAGCAAAUUUAUGGUACACUGUAUGUAUUAUCACUUAAUUCAGAAAAGUUAAUUUUUUUCCAGGUUUUAAGAUAAAAAUGUGAAGAAUAAAAUGAAAAAAAAGAGCCAGUUUGCUUUGUCAUUUUCAAGUCAUAAUGUAAAAUCCCUGUCCCUAUUUUGCCAUCACAAUCAAUAUGAAAUCACUCCAAGUUCUAUUACACUAAUGAAAUAUACACAAAACACAUUACAUGGGGGAAUUCACUGGACGUUAGGCAGAUUAUAUCACAUAACUAUCCUGUUAUCUGGUAAAUAAGGUCCAUUUUAUAUGAAAGAUUAAAACUACACAAAUGUUAUGUAAUACAACUUUUUAAAGUUAGGAUUUAAACAGGAUUUAAACACAAUGUUACAUUCAUUCCCAUUCAUUAUGAGAUUUCUGAAACUUGUCACAAGUUUAUUAUCCUCACCAUUAGCUCUGGUAAAAGCCAUAUUUCAGAAAUCUCAUUUGAAGGGAAAAAUUUAUAUAUAGAUUGGGUGUAAAACAGUGAGUCUGGGUUUACCUGAGUGACUCUCCUAAUUCCCACUUUGCCCCCUUAAUUUGACAUACAUGUAGGACUCCCCAAAAAUCAAUAAGACUAUACACUAGAGCUUUUAUGAUUGGAGUCAAAGAACAGCUGAAUUACAUAUUUGAGUUUAGACAAAAGAACAAGAAUGUGAAUGCAAAUCUUUGAUACAUAUUGUAAUGAGGUAUAAGGGGAAAGUUUAAAAAAGAAAAAAACAAGAUGUGAAAUUAUAUUUGUAGGUUCAAUGAAUGACGCACUGGAACAUUGGAAAAAUUAAAUUUGUAUCAAGGACCUACAUAGAUAUAGAUAUACACCCCUGCUAUAAUAACUGUUUUUUUUUUUUUUUGCACAAGAUUCACAAAAUCCCCUCAGACUUUUUUGAUAUGUUUCGCUAAGAUAUGAUUUAUCAUUGAAUGGGUAUUUCUUACCUUUGAUCGAGUGGUACUGUACCUCUUUCAAAGUAAUGAGGAGAAUUGUUGCAUGAAAUGUAUUUCACAAGAUGAAUAUACUGUUUGUGAAUUUUUUGAGUGCUUACUGAAUGUCAAUUAGUACUUCACUCUUAUUUAUGAUAAGCAUGUGAUAAACACAAAAGUUGCCUUCCUGAAGUCAUAAAGUGUUUUCCCAGGUGGGCAGUGAUGGGGGUGCUAAAAUUUUAUCCUAAUAUGAAAAUAUUAUGUAUUAUUACUACUAAUUUAUUAUUACUAAUACAUCUACUGUAAGUCACAUGACUUGAUUAUCUACUUUGUUGAGAUUCCUGUACUGUUUCCAGUAAAUAAUUCACGAGGGAUUGCGUUGAUGAAAUAAUAAAAGUAAUUAUAUUUAUGAAAUCUGAAGUCAAAAUACCUGAAAUUAACAUAUUGAAUCAAUUCAGUUCUAAUCUGUGCUUUUUCUCAAAAGUUUUAUCUCAAAAUAUAUUUGAAUUUCAGUAACAAUGAUAAAUUAGCUUGCAUACAAAAUGACUGCUGUAUAUUACCUGUUGAUGGCAUAUUUAAGGAUAUCUAUUCUAUGGUGCUUUCAUGUGUUUUACAGUUGGGAGAGAGUUUAUAUUUGGAUUGAACAAAAAAUUGCUUAUUAUGAGUAGAGUUUGAAUUUGUUAUUGUGUAGUUUUAUAGUAUUUAUAUAAGAGAUCAAAUA